AUGGCUUGCCGCCCGCUCUCACUAGUCUUUGCCCUGGUGCAUCUGGGAGUCGCUACAAACAUCCGUGGGUCCAGUCAGGGCGCGACUGAGACGUCCCUGCCAGAAGAGCUUCUGGGAGGCAAUGCAGUGGUCGGUAUGGAUCAGGACAUGCACACGAAGAUGUUGGUUCAGGUGAAAGCCAUUGAUGGCAUCCCCGACGCGUGUGAGGAUGUCGCUUGUGGAGAGCUGAAGUGCCCAACCGGGUUCACGGCGACGAAGUAUGAUGGCCAUUGCUGCGCGUACUGCGUCAAUCCCGACAUCAAGAUCGAGCCCAAGAUCGUGGGGGCCACCGGGAAGUUUGGUGCAGAUGAGAGCGAUGUUUGCCCGUACGUGUGGUGUUUCCCGACAAUGUGCGAACAGGAGGAAGUCAUGCCGACACCAGACAAUGGCCAGUGCUGUCCUGUGUGCCCCAAGUAG